AUGGGCAUUGCAACAAAAAUUGUGAAUUCCAUCCGUGCACGUAGCUUGCAACGGUGGCUCUUUCAGUUGCAGUUGGAAGAUAGGGAGUCAGCUGAACACACUGAUUUAGUUCUUCACACAGACGUCAGGUGGUUGAGUCGCGGAAAGUUCCUACAAAGGUUUCAAGAAUUAUUGCCCGAAAUAACAGCUUUUCUAGACGAAAGAGGUGAUGACACUCAGAUUUUCAAAAACGAAAAAUGGCUGACUGAUUUAGCAUUUGUUACUGACAUCACAAUGCACUUAAACAUCGUUAACUUGGAGCUUCAAGGUAGAGGAAAAACUAUUAUUGAGAUGAUUAGCGCAGUAAAUGCAUUCAAAAGUAAAUUGCAACUUAUGAUAGAUCAACUGAAAAGAAAGGAUCUGAAACAUUUUCCGUCUUUGAAAGCAAGGAUUUCAAAGUUUAAUUAUGAUACGUAUGAGGCUGAAUUAUCAAAUAUUUUGGAACAAUUCGAAAUGCGUUUAUAUGAUUGCAGUAAAUUGGAAAAUAAAGCAUCAUUUAUGAGUUAUCCUUUUUCAUGUAAAAACAUUGAGGAAUUAGCUACUGAAAUAGCAAGUCAGUUUAAUAUGAACUCAUGUUCUGUUGAAAAUGGGUUGGUGCAGAUUAUAUCAGAUAUACAUCUCAAAGCUACAGCAUCUGAUACAAAUUUCUGGUGUUUUAUAUCUGAAGAUAAAUAUCCGAAUCUAAGGCAAAUCGCCCUUCAACUGACGACAUUGUUUGGGUCAACUUACUUGUGCGAGUCUGCAUUUUCUGAAAUGAAGAUAAUUAAGUCAAAAUAUCGCAAUCGACUAACUGACGAUCAUAUGUCAUCAUGCUUGCGAUUAGCACUCAGUGGUUACGUACCAUCUUAUGAAAAGUAUGCUGAGGACAUGCAGUGCCACGCUUCAACAUCCAAAGCCACUCUUUAG